GCUGGAACUGUGCAGCACGUCAUCACUGAGCGCCAGUGUUUGCUUAUGAAGUAGUCAGCUCGGUGGCUAAGCUAACGGUACACUGCGCUCGUCUGAGAGCGGUUUUACUUCCAGUGCUUUUAUUGGAUAUCUCUCUCAUGUCAGCAGGGCGUUGUGUGCUGAAUGAGCUCUAGUGUUCUCUUCGUGUGGGUCUCCACGUGGAGCUGAGAUGGGCCAACAGAUCUCUGGCCAGGCGGUGGUGAGCAGGCUUCCUGAGAAGCUGAUCAAGCACGCCGGACUAGUGCGGGACAGCGGCUACCUCACCUAUGAGGAGUUCUUGGGCCGAGUGGCAGAGCUGAAUGAGGUAACUGCAAAGCUGGCUGCUGGCCAACAGAAGCAUCUCCUCUUCGAAGUUCAGCCUGGAUCUGAUGCGUCUGCCCUGUGGAAAGUGGCUGUGAGAAUAGUCUGCACUAAGAUUAACAAAGAGGAUGGGAUGGUGGAGGCCUCACGCAUUAUGAACCUGUACCAGUUUAACCAGCUCUACAAAGACAUUACCAGCCAAGCAGCUGAAGUUCUUUCAGGAGAGGGCGCUGCUGAGUGCUCGUCUGGGCAGCUUUCCUCUGCAGAGUCCUGUCAGGCCAGUAUGUGGAUGGGCAGGGUGAAACAGCUCACAGAUGAGGAAGAGUGCUGUAUCUGUAUGGAUGGGAAAGCGGAUCUUAUUCUGCCGUGUGCUCACAGCUUCUGCCAGAAAUGCAUUGAUAGGUGGAGCGGUCAAAGUCGAAACUGUCCCAUCUGCCGGAUUCAGGUAACCGCUGCCAAUGAAUCAUGGGUAAUGUCUGAUGCGCCCACAGAGGAGGAUAUAGCCGGCUACAUUCUCAAUCUCGCUGAUGAGGCUGGCCAUCCUCACAGACCCUAAACUGAACCACUACGUCACUUAAUACCUGCUUACUUAAAUUAUUACACUUAUCUUUUGACUGUAAAACAAAUGGUGAGGAGGUGAGAAUAGCUUGAUCUAUUCCUUUAUCGCUGGAGGCAAUAACCCCUUGUUGUUGUCCUUAGACUUUUUGGAGUUCUGAAACUGUGAAAAGGCAAUACAUAGCAUUUCACUGCAAACACUGCUGUUUUCUGAUUGACCACCUGCUUUUUUUUUUUUUUUUUUUUUAAUUCUUAACACAUUGCGCUUAAGUAGUAAUUUUGUAUGAAUUAGAAAUAUCAAACCUUCAGUUUACUUUUCAGGAGAGUUGAGACAAGUGGAGACCACCAUUCUUUACAUUCAGUGUUUAAAUCUUCACAGAGAGAGCUUUGAAUUUCUGAAUACUGAAGUUUCCUCAUAACAUAGUAGUUUAAUGGAUUUUAAUUAAGUGCUUAAAAUGACACUGUUCCUAUGGUGUCAUUGUGUUGCUACUGAAGUGCAAUAUUGCUCAAACUGUAAUCUGGGCUUUUUCUUAUAGUUCAGUUAAUACAAUAACAAUUGAAAAUGCAUUUUAUGAAGAAGCUAUGCUGGUUUAAUGGUUAGUCUGUAAAAUAAAAAUUGGCUACUGAGACUAUUUUACGAACAGAUUAUCUGGGCCAGAUUCACAUAAGCUUUCCUAAGGGAUAAAACAUAUAUAAAUGCUUAAAUAAACGCUAAGAAGAUCAUUCUUCAGAAGUUCUGGAAUUAAGUCUUAAAAAGUUGUCAAAUAUUCUUUUAAUCUCUCUUAGUUUGUUCAAGGUUUCCUUUAAACAGUAAUUUGGGCAGUUUUCCCAGAGAAGGAUUAAGCCUAGUUGUAGACUGUUUUACUUUUAAUGAAACAAUUCUAUUUAAAUUGCCGUGUAGUCCAAGACUAGGCUUAAUCCCUGUUUGCGGGAAGUGCCCCAUAGUAUGUUAUCAUUAUCAUCAUCAUUUAUUAUGCAAGACUUUUUUCAUGAUCUAAUAUUUAUUAAAUCCUUGCAAAAUAGGAAAAACAGAAACAGUCCUCAAUAUUAAUUACAUUAAAUUAGACAUUAAAAUACUGCAGUCUAGGAAAUGUAUGAGAAAACAGAAAAAUCUUAAGACUCAAACAAAAAUAUAUAUUGUCAUAUUUUUUUUUUCUUUCUUAAGACACUUUUGUGAAUUUGGCCAUUGGUGAUUUUACCUGUAUUUAUACAGUACUGCACUCACUUUCUGUGGCAUUAACUUCCUUUUUUAAAUUGUUCCAUAAUUUACAGGUAAUUUACAAACAGCUGAUCGAAUGUUUCUUUUUUUGGGUUGGAUUUGUGUUUUUUUUGGUAUGUAUGUGUGGCCUGUGUAAUAACAUUAACUAUAAUAUAUUAAGAAUAAAUAAAUGUAUAUUUUUCUUGACAUCCUGUUCAUAAUCUGGUGUUAAUCCUGAACUUUGUAAAUGUCUAAUCACUUGCAGCUCUAUAGACUUUUUGAUGUUGUUGAACUACUACUUCCACCAAGUUUCAGUGCUCAGCUGAAUAAAUAAGGUACCACUUUUUGUA